UAUCACUCCACCAAUCCACUAAAGACUAUAGUCAACAGACUUCACAAUGUCCGCCGUUGGAUCACUCGUAUUCUGCACAGAUUGUGGCAAUCUUCUGGAUUCCUCAACUGGAAACAAAAAUAAUGUUCUGAAAUGCGACUGCUGCGGCGCAGAAAACCCAGGUAUGGAGUUUUGUCGCGGUUUGGGAAUCUGAAACUGACCAUUUGCAGAUACUGCAUCGAAAACUAGUAUCACCAAAACGAACCCAGCAUCCUUCCCUUCGCUAUUACGACAACAAAGAUCCGUUAUUCAGAAGGUUGAGAGGAGCGAUAUGGAGAAUAAAGCAACGACCCAGGAAACUUGCUCGGAAUGUGGACGUACCGAGGUCAGAUUUACCGCUGUACAAUUGCGAAGUGCAGAUGAAGGAAGCACUAUAUUUUACACAUGCGAUUGCGGACACAAGUAAGCUUUUUCUGUCCUAGAAAAUCAUUAUGCGAUGUAUGUUGACAUAUAGUACAGGUGGAAUACCAACAAUUGAGGAACUCGGCGACUGUAAAAAAAAUGAAAACAUAAUAAUAUGGAUGAAUUUAAUUCGCUGGGACCUCGCAUGUGGAUAAUAGUGUAGUCGCAUUUGCUAUUACGGCCCAAGCACUUUGGUACCUAGCAUGUAUGUCUUCGGCAUAACACUACCUAAGCAGUAGUUACUUCCGGAAUAAGCGCAUACUCGACUUCUUCACCCUUCUCAAAUUCUGCCAUAUCCAAAGCAACAAUCACACUAUCCCUAACAACCUCGUCCUUAUCGUUCAAGAAUCGCUUCAACGUAUCUUCAACACCUUCCUCCUCGCCCAAGCUUCCAAGAGCCUCUGCGGCUUCGUGUCUGACCAUGCUCACUUCCUCCAAGUUGUCAAGUGCUGCGCUCAACGCAGGUAUCGACGCUGGAUGCGACAAUUGUCCAAAAACGAAUGCGAUUUCGUGUCUGAAUAGAGGAGAUGGAUCUGCAAAUCCCUUUGCGAGAGCUUUGACGGCAGGGACAGCGGUUGGAAGAUCUGGGGGUGAUGCGAGAUCUCUGAGACUGAACAUGGC